AUGGACGUUAAGGUUGAAAUUAAACCGGAACCAGCCGAGGAGGUGGUAGUGACGGCACAGCCGGAAGUGGAUUGGUUCGUUGAUGUUUCACCAAAAAGUGUGCUCGGUAGAAAUGCCACCGGCACUUCGUGGGUCUUUCGAGGAACUUACAACAACCAACAAGUUGCCAUCAAACGAGUGGGAAUCGAUGAAGUAGAUGAGACGAAGGAGAACGUUUUGAUCAGCCAACUUGACCACAAAAAUGUCGUCAAACUGCUUCACGUGGAAGAAAACAACUUGUUCAAGUUUUUCAUGUUGGAACUGUGCGCUGCUUCUCUUCAAGGAUUUUUCGAUCAAGAGUACACUGGCCAUAUGCCGACAGAUGUUGAGGUUCUCUGCCAAUUGUCCAGUGGACUGGAUUACAUCCAUUCCAAGGGGUUCAUCUAUCGUAAAGUCAAGCCGGAGAACAUUUUAAUAUCGUUGACGACCCCUGUCGUUAUGAAAUGGGCCGAUUUUGGUCUCACGAAAGUUACAAAAAUUUCCGAUUUGUCUUCUGAGAGUUCUAGCAGUGAACCUCAAUGCUGGAUGUCACCGGAAGUUCUCUCCAAUGGAGACGGAACUUGCGCGGAUUCGAAAGAAAGUGACAUUUUUUCAGCUGGAUGCGUUUAUUUUUAUUAUCUAACGCGUGCUCAUCCGUUUGGGAAAAAAUCGGUCGUCAAGAAGAACGUCAUGGAGGGUAACCCCAUCAGCGCUGAAAGACUUGCAAAUGAUCACUUCGCUAAGACUGUCAUUUCCGGAAUGAUUUCCAAAGAACCGGCACAAAGAAUCACCUUGGCGGAAGUAAUUGAUGGAUUGAAGCCAAAGCCAAUUCCGCCGGCAGUCGUGGUUCCACCCACUCCACGGUACGUAACCGCGGCGGACAUUACUCCAAUUUCGGGACUGGAAGAGGGAGUGAAUUCCGGGACGAUUCGUGCCAGAGUUGUUUCACAGCCAAUAGUCGAUCAUUGGCAAAGAAAUAUUGGAUUUAACAUGAAGUUUUUCACUGUGCAUCUCCGGGAUGACACUGGUGAAAUUGAAGCCAAGGCUUUUGCAGAUAAUUUCCAAAGGUUCCAUGAACUCUUUCAAGUCGGCAGAGAAUACGCCAUCAAGAGAGCAACAUUGAAGAUAAAUCGUUACGGAAGGAAAGAAUUAUCUUUGGUGAAGGCGACCACUGUACAACGUGUAUAGUAGUCCUUUCGUGAAUAACAAAAUUAUUGUUGUUUUUUAACAAGUGUGAAUCCAGAAUACUUCCUCUAGUGAGUAGUGAGAUUCUAGAUUUAAUUUUCACAGAGGAACUUAAGUUAAGGGAUAGAAUUGUACUUGUCAUUGUGAAAACCAGCUCUACUGGUGCUUACAUUUAUCUUAAAUCUUUCUUGAAAGCAAAUUUGGCUUU